AUGGAUAUAGAUGAUGAGGGGAGGUUAAAGAACGUCUUCUGGGCAGACCCCCAUAGUAGAGCAACGUACCAAGAUUUUGGUGACGUGGUCACAUUCGACACCACAUACCUAACGAAUCGAUAUAGGAUGCCCUUUGCACCAUUUGUUGGUGUAAACCACCAUGGACAGUCAAUUUUUUUGGGGGCAGGCCUGAUUUCCAGUGAGGAUACCGAGACCUUUGUGUGGUUAUUCGAGACAUGGUUGCAAUGCAUGGAUGGUAUUGCUUCGAAGGCUAUUAUCACUGAUCAGAAUAGAGCGAUGAAAAAUGCGAUCGCAAUUGUUUUCCCAAAAACCCGGCAUAGAUUUUGUCUUUGGCAUAUACUAAAGAAAGUCCCCGAGAAGCUUGGCUCAUAUAGUUCGUACAAAACUGGGAUGAAGAAUGCAUUGAUGAAAUGUGUCUACGACACCCAACUUGUUGAUGAGUUUGAGAAAUGUUGGGAUCAGUUGAUUAACACUUACAACUUACAUGCGAAUGCGUGGUUGCAAAGCCUAUAUGUGGAGCAUGAACAUUGGAUUGAGAAUGAAAAUCUUGCGGACUUCCAGUCAUUUAAUGCCACAAUCCCCUGCAUAUCUAGAUCUCCGAUUGAAAAGAGGUUUCAAGAGUUGUACACGAAUGCUAAAUUUAAGGAAGUUCAGCAACAAGUCCACGACAUCAUUGACUUGAAUCCAAAGUUACAUAAAAGUGAUGGUGCAGUAAAAACAUAUAUGGUAGAGGAUGAAGUUUGUUUAGAAGAGUUCACUAAGCUGGUUACCCAUUUUGUGGACUUUAGUGACAAAGAUGCAGUUGCAAAGUGCUCUUGUGGAUUAUUUGAGAUGAGGGGGAUAUUAUGUCGGCAUAUUUUGGCCGUAUUCAGAUGUAACGAUAUUAAAUUUUUGCCAGAAAUCUACAGUUUAGAUCGAUGGAGGAAGGAUAUUAAAAGGCGAUACACAUUAAUCCACAGUAGCUACGAUGGAGGGGACCAGCGGGCAGAUGCUAGUAGAUAUUCAAAUCUUUUAAAUAUCUGUUAUCAGAUGAUUACUCACGCAGCGGGUUCGCAAGAGCAUACUGAGGAUGCGAGAACUAAGUUAUAUGCAAUGAUUGAAUUGUAUCGUGCCAAUCAAGAACCCCCAUCGAUGACUCAAAUUGGUUCCAAUAUUGAUAGUAUGGUAAAGGACACUACGGUCGAUGGUUCUAGGGAAGUACGUAGUCCGCGUGUUGUGCGAGGCAAAGGCAGACCUCCAUCUCUAAGGAGAGCAUCCAGGAUGGAGAUAGACAUGCGGAAAGCUAAAGCAAAGACUAAGAAAGUACAAGCAAACGGGAAGCGUAAAGAGAGGGAUGGAGGACAUACCGAAGUCGUGGAUAGAGGAGAUACACCGAUCGUAGAAGCUAUUCCAGAAAGAGAAAGCGUGGCUGUAGACGUUAUUGGAACCGAACCCCGAGAAACAGUGAUGCAGAGUCAAGAAAGCUUAAGUGGUUCAUAG